GUCAAAACAGCACAGACAGCGGAGGAGCGGUGGAGAUGUGGACAGCAGCGGGCAGCGCGACUUAAAGCGGAGGUUUGUUUUUGACGGGCUGACCUCAUCUUUUUACAGCGUCAUCAAGUCCGGCGCGUGAGGCAGAAGUGUGUGUGACCUCGUGCCGUGCGCCCGGCGCGCCUCCGUUUCGCUACACGCUCCAAACCCUGGAUGAGCUCCAGGCUUCAGCACUGACAGCGGACAGCUCCGUGGCGCGACCUGGACCCUGGUCUCUGAACAUCGCUCCUGAUGCGCGCGCUUCCAGAUUGGCUCGAGUCUGGUCCAAGUCCACGCUAAAGGAGAGGUCCGACGCACUUCGAGCUCAAUAUGUACCAGGGGCAUUUACAGGGGAAAGACUGUAGGUCUGCAGAUAAGACUGUUGCCAUGGUCCUGAAGGAGAUACCCAGUAAGGCGUCAUCAGAAGGCAAGCCCCUCCUCGCAGUGACUACCAAGCUGGUGAGUGAGCAACAAGAGAGCCGUCCCCUCCUCAGCCCCUCCAUCGAUGAUUUCCUCUGUGAGACCAAGUGUGAUGGAGUCUCCCGCCCCGUCACUUCCAACACUGCCGUUUUGUCCUCUAGUCUGGACCUCUUGGAUCUCAGUGAACCUGUCGAGCGAAGGCAGAGCAAAGACAAGAAGAUUCCACUGGUCUCCCGUAGCAACAGUCACAAAAAAAACUCACACAGAAAGAUAACCGACGAGACCGAGCUCAUCCAGGUGGAGGUGGAGCAGACAGCGGUCGACGCGCGGACUCCAGAGAGGGCGUCGUUAGACUCAGUUACCAUUGGGUCACAGCUCGACAAAUGGGAGGAGCUUAACCCAAAUGUGGAAAGAAAUGGCAACAAGAAGUGGAAGCUGGAGAGACGGCGUUCUUCGAAAAAUGCCUCCAAUGAGUUUCUGUGGUCCAUAGAGUGCAAAAAUCAGAUCGAACCACUGAAUAAAAAUGCACUGGAGUUAAAUACCAAAGCAGAUGCGGAUUCUGCCCUUGCAAGUCAACUCAACAGACAGUAUAUUAGUGGACGACAUGCUCGCCUCACUAAGGAGCAGCGCUGGGGCAGCGCCCUCCUGUCCAGACACCAGUCCCUGGAGGAGGAGUUUGAGAGAGCCAAGGCUGCGGUUGAGUCGGACACAGAGUUUUGGGAUAAGAUGCAGGCUGAGUGGGAGGAGCUAGCACGGCGGAACUGGCUAACAGAGAAUGAGCAGACGCAGAUCCCGUCCUCUGUGUCUCCACACGAGAAGGGGUACUACUUCCAUACAGAUAAUCCUUAUAAGGACAUGCCCAACGCCUUUGAGGAGGGCCAAAAGAAGUCUCGAGAAGGAGACUUACAAAACGCAGUCCUCCUGCUGGAGGCAGCGGUGCUGCAAGAUCCUCAUGACUCAGAGGCUUGGCAAGUGCUGGGCACCACCCAGGCUGAGAAUGAGAACGAGCAGGCAGCAAUUGUCUCUCUCCAAAGGUGUUUGGAACUCCACCCUAACAACCUUACGGCGCUCAUGGCCUUGGCCGUCAGCCUCACUAACACUGGGAUGCGUCAUGACGCUUGUGAAACCCUGCUACGCUGGCUACGACACAAUCCCAAAUACAAACAACUGCUUAAAGGCAAAAGUCACUUGGGCUCCCCCAACUCCCAUCGAAGGCUGUCUCAUGUCCCCAACAUGGGCCGACAUGAAAGCGCCUUGUUACCAGAUGUGAAGGAGCUGUUUCUGGAGGCGGCUCAACACACGUCUGACGGCAUCGACCCAGACCUGCAGACUGGCCUUGGGGUGCUCUAUAACCUCAGCGGAGAGUUCAACAAAGCAGUGGACGCCUUCAACACAGCGCUGUCAGUGCGGCCAGAGGACUACUUACUGUGGAACCGCCUUGGGGCCACAUUGGCCAACGGAGACCGGAGUGAGGAGGCAGUGGAGGCCUACACUCGUGCCCUGGAGCUGCAGCCAGGCUUCAUCCGGUCCCGAUACAACCUGGGCAUCAGCUGCAUCAACCUGGGAGCGCACAGAGAGGCGGCCAGUAACUUUCUAACUGCCUUAAGCCUUCAAAGGAAGAGUCGGAGUCUGCAGCAGUCCCACCAGGUGAUGUCAGGGAACAUCUGGGCUGCUUUGAGGAUAGCUCUGUCCAUGAUGGACCAGCCCGAACUGUUCCAGGCUGCUAACAUCGGGGACCUGGACCUCCUCAUGCGAGCAUUUAACUUAGACAUUUAAGAUGAGAGAAAGCUGGUGAACAUAUUUUAACUGUACACCAAUAGCCAAAAGUCCAAAGUGCACCCUUCAGAGAAGAGUGGACCAGUUUCCUGGCAGUGAGUUUUUGCACUUAAGUAUUUAAUACUGUCGGAAUUGUAUGUCAACGACGGGUUCUUCCAAGUUUUUUCGCUGGCUACAUUAUGAUCAAUUUGCACUGCAAAUUGCAAUUCCCCUGAAGAGCACAAGGACGGGCACAGAUUGUAUGAGCAAUGCCUUAGAGAACACAUGAAUUAAACCCACUCAUCCGGUGGAACAGAGGCAGACAGGUCAUUUCUGUGGACAAACCCCACUGUUUAUGAAGUGGUCGCUGAGUAAAGCCUUUAACAGACUUGAUUUUUAAACACUCACAACUGUCUGCACUCUGGGGAGUGGUUUUAGUCAUCAACCACAGUGAAACAUAACUUUAGAUCUGGAGCUCUAAUCCUGUUAAAACAGUUUUAUUUUGAACAAACUGCUACACCCACUGCAUUUCCAUAAAAUGGUCCUGAUACUUUCUUUUUGCACUUUGCACAAAGAUCAUUUGUCAUUCCCAAAUGGAAUGAGCAGCCUGGUUUUCAGCCUUACAAAAUGCAUCUGAUGAAAAUUUAAGUUGUACUGUUUUUGUGGCAACACAAAAAGCCAUUGGCAAUGCUCCGGGUACUUCAAAACUGCUGCCUGUUUGUGAACUUUCUAAAGGGUUAAAUUUGCUUUUUGUGGAUAUUUUAAAAACUUGCCUUGAUGGCUCUUUUGCUCCCUUUAUAAAGAUGGUUUGGCAGUUAACCAUAGGCCAGUCCAUAACCAGUAGAAGGACAUCCACUAUCCUACUUAUAUUAAUAUUCACAGCUGUGUAAAUUGUAGUGCAGUUUUGCAAUAGACAACAGCAGGUAGGUGAUGUAUAGCUGCAAGCCAAGGAAGCAGCUUGCUGUCUAGGAUAAUGUAGUAAUUUGUAUCUUUGCAAAACAGCCACUGGCAACAAGAGCUCGUUCGCUUAAUUAAAUCUGCUAGCCUCAGUCAUCAAACAUCAUGAAUACUUAUCUAUGAUUGUGAAAUUUAGUUUUCUAUAACUACAUAUAUUGGACUCUGCAGCACUGCAGGAACACAGAGCUUUUAGUUCUUGCUGUAUGUAAACGGACAGUUCCUCACUCUGCAACAGAGUAUGAAGGAUCAUCUCAACUCUAUGGCCCUGCACCUCAGCUCUGAACAGGCUGCACUCUCUCUGAGUGAGCACUGUAACUAGGCUUUCUCUCCAAACCUAUGCAAAGGUCAUGUUUUCUGUUGCCACCCUGAAUAGUCUGUGUGCGCCUGUCUGCCUCAGCGGUCCAAAUGGAAGUGUUUUUUCAGAGCUGUGAAAGAAUGCUAUCAGGGGAAACCAGAGGCUGGCUCCAGAGCCAUUCAUCUUCCUAACUGCUCAGCUCUGAUGCUGUGCUCUGUAUGAAAAUGUUUCAUUCAGAAACUGGAAGAGCAAAAGCAAGUGUGCUUUUUCAAAUAAAAUAAAAUAAAAAAAACUCAAACAGAACUUUCAGUUUUUGUUUCAGUUAAUUGUGUAAUUCUGGAUAGCAGUUUAGCAAAACUGUUAUCAUUAAUAAUAAAUAAAAAAUCAAAUCAAAUUAAUAUGUUAAAACUAAUGGUGGGGAUGAUACUUGUAAAUCUGUAGAUACUUUACAAAAUACUUUUAGAAAUGAAGCACACAUCUGAAUAUAAGACAGAGAAAAUGUUUGCCACAGCUGCACAUCCCACAGCAAAACUUUAUUUGCUGAUCCAGUUGGGAAGAUGGCCAUAUUAUGCUGAUGAUUACAUGACUGAGUUGUUUUAUUAUUAUUUAUUGUUAAUUAGUUUUAUGUUAUGUUUUUUUUUUUUUCCUUUUUGCAGAUCAGUUGUAUUUUUCAUUAUGCAACAAUGGGUAUUUGGUGAUUUAAAAAAAAAAAAAAAUCUGUAUAAUGUUAUAGCGAUAUUUUUUAAAGAAACCUUUAAAAUGGUGUAAACUUUGACUCACUGAGACAUGGUUGGUAAGGAUGAUGUUUCUGAAAAUACUGCAUUACCUUCUCAGGUGAACUGACUUUGUGAAACGCAUGCUCCAAAAGGAAGGACUGCAUGAUAGAUCUAUACAUUUAUUUUUGAAUGCAAUUUUGAGUUGUAUGCACGCAAUACAUGAAAGUGCUUUAUUUUUCUCCUAACAUAAAAAUGACAUGCUUUUUGAGACAUAUAAACUGAAUUACACAAUGUUUUUUUUUUUGUUUUUUUUUAAGUGGAACUUACUUGUUGACUUUUAACCACAGUGUAUUGGUUAAAUAAUAUAUAUUCUGCCUAUAACUCUUCAAAUUAGGAUUACGUUACUUCUCAUCAAAUCAAAACUCAUCUGUACUUUGGUUUUUAAAAAUGAAAUAAGCUAAAAAUGAAUUUUCAUGGCAUGUCUGAGAUUUUUUUUUUUGUCAUUCUUUGAACCACUGAAAGACUUUAUUAAGCAUAUUUUUAGAUCAGUCGGUACAUGUACAUCUUGUUUUCACAGAGGCAGUUUGUUCUAGCUUGUCAAUGGAUUUUAUGUAUAACAAUAUUUUGGCAAAUGAUACCCUUUAUAUAUGACCAAAUAUUUAUUGAAAAACAUUAUAUACUGUAUGUAAUCACAAUGGAAGCAUUAGCACCUUUAAAUCCACAUAAUGAAAGUACUCUUUUCAAAUAAAUUCUUGUUUCUAUUCUCUGCCCUGGUGUUCAGUGUAAAUUACACUCAAGUACUGCUUUAUAUUGCUUUCUGGGUAUCACCAGAUCUAAACCCAGACUUGAUCAGGUCUCAAAUAGGGCUAAAUGUGAUCUUAAAUUAGACUCAACCAUGAAUAAAGUAGUUCUAAAUAAGAAUUAACCCAAUUAAGACAAACACAAAAGGUACAUUGUGAGGGCCCAUCAAAUGCUUUUCUCUGUGGAGAUGUUAUUGCUUUGUCUGAAAUGUUUCACAGUAUGGUAUAAAACCUUUCUAUCAUCAUGGAGACCAAACCAGACCAUGUUACAAGUCAGAUCUGUGGAGAGGCAACCCCACUCACAGUUAGAAUGUCUGUUUUUCUAGGUAUUUUUAAGCAAUAAAACAGCCUGUAAUUAAAUAAAUGUAAGGUAGUGCUGUUUAAUGUCACUGUGGAACAUUCAAAGCAAAGCAGUGACAUCCAUAAAAACAAGCAGUUGACGGAACCCCAACCAAAAAGUUACAUAGUGCACCUUUAAACCAAAGAGGGCCCUGGUUAUCAUUAGAGGCAGCUUAUACCCACAGUUUGUGAAACACUGGUGUAAAUGAAGCUGUGCAAUCCCAA